AUGGUGUUUAAUAAACCAACGCACUGUGCCAUGUUUUGGCUUCAGGACACAGCAAAUGAAGAUUACAUCAACAAGCUGGGCAACCUCCUGGAUGGUGAAGAUGGCAGACAUCCUCCUGCCACUGGGGAGACAGGGCACAAUGCCGUUGAUGGAGACCCAGCAGUUGGGAACGCUGUGGGUGAGGAGCUGGACGAGCAUGGUAGCCGAGACAAGGGAAGCAGAGCUGGGGAGGCUCAGCACCUGAACCAGGUGGACCAUGAGGAUCCAAGUGCCCGGGAUGGGAACAGCCUGGGUUUCCUGGAAGAGGAUGCACGUGAUGCUGAUGAUGGUGACAACGGAGAGCACCAUGGCACUGGAGUCAAUGGGCUUCCUUCCUAUGGUGGUGGGCUUCUGGAAGAGGAGGACGACAGUGGGGAUGACACCUUUGAUGAGAAUGGGGAAGAGGACAGGGGUGAAGGUCCUACCUACAUGGCUGGUCCUGAUGGAGCAGGCGAACAUGACCAUGAUGCUGGCCAUGGGGACGCUGGUGCUGGUGGAGGGCACGGCGACAGCAGCAGCAGUAGCAGCAGCGGAGGCAGCAGCAGCCAGGAGGAGGAGGAGAGCUACAACUUCGAGGAUGAAGCCAUGCAGGGUGAUGACCCCUCUGUCUUUGAUGGCCCAGUCAGCAGCUACAGGGGGCGUCGUGCUGGCCCCCAUGGCCUGGGCAGCAGCUGGGGGGCUGGCUCCCACCAAUGGGAGGAGGGUGACAGCAGGUCUCCAGAGGUGGAGGAUGCUGACUCGGGAGAAGACAGCCCAUCCACAGAGGACAACAGUCAGUCAGAAGAGCCCGACGCCAGCCAGUCAGAGGAGGACAGUGCGAGCCACUCCAGGGAGGACGGGGAUGGGGAGGACAGCAAGUCCAAGGAGAGCACUGCUGACCAGUCAGAUGAAGAGCCAGGGGAGUCCCCAGAGGACAUCUCCAAGGAGGUGCUGAGCACAUCAGGUGAGCACAGCAGCAGCCGGUCCCGGGAAGAGCAGGAGGACCAGGAGUCUGCUGAGGACAGGAGUGCACCAUCCAUACCUGACAGCGAGUCCAGGGAAGAUGAUGGUGACCAGAGCCCGUCCACAGAGGACACUGCAGAGGAGUCAAAGGAGGACGAGAAUGAUUCCAACCCUGAUGGGGAUGUGCCAAGUGCAUCAACUGAGAGCCAGAGCGCAUCACCAGAGGAGGAUGGCAGCCAAGAGGACGAUGCAGGUGAGGACAGCAGGUCCACAGAGAGCAACAAUAGUGAGUCCCAGGAGGAGGAGGAGGAUGAGGAGAGCCACUCCCAGGAGGAUGCCACCCACGAGUCCAGUAGCCGAGGGGACAACAGUUCACCACAGAGCCUGGAGAAUCUGCCAGUGCUGAAGUUCGGGGGCUUUCUGGUGCACACUGGCAGGCUGGCGUCACUCUGGACAGGGCGGUGA